AGAGUGACACAGCUGCCUCACAGAACCAGUGGCAAUUUCAAGAGAACUGUGGAGUACUAUUUUACAGCUGAUUGAUCUUUCCCAUCCAUCUGAUAUUUGUCAAAGAAUUACAGGAGUCAAAAUGCAAUUGAUCUUCCAGUCCUUUCUCUCGUGCUGUCUGCUGGCGACAGUAGCACACUGUGUGGAGCUUCAAGUGAAUCCGGAGUUGAAAGAAAUGCGAAGCAUAUGGCUCGGGAGCAGAUUGAGACGGGAUCUUGACAGUGUAUCAGUAGAGAAGACAGCAGAGUCUGAGAACUUUGUCAGACCAGAAGAUAUCAGGGAUACUUUGCUGCCACAUUCCAGCACUGACAUCAAUGUCCGAACCAAGAGGUCUAAACACUCAGGCAAUCAGUCAAGAAGACAAGGUUGUUCGCUGGGCACCUGUGCAGUGCAUGACCUCGCGCACCGCCUGCACCAGCUCGGUAACAAGUUGAAGAUCGGGAGUGCCCCUGUCGACAAGUUCAGCCCACAGGGAAAGCCGCCACACUAGAAUAAUACUAUAAUUUACUGUCACUUAAAGAAGUGUAUUGAUAACAACAGUUAUCAACAGUUGAUUUACUGGAUAUAAGGUAUCGACUGACUGGAAAAAACUUGCAGAAAUGGUAGAUUAAAUAUAUGGAAUAGCAACUGAUGCAGAAUAUUUCCAUCAGUAUUAUGUUCAGCAGGUUAUAUAAUCAUAUACUACUUCUCUAUACUUGCUGCCCUCUUUUUUCAGUAUAAUAAUUUUGAUUUAUCAGAAGGAUUUCUGCCAGGGACACUUCUGUCAUCUUUCACCGCAAAUCAACUACUUGUCAAAUAUGCCACCUGUACAAAAAAACACUAGUUGUAUUAAAGUACACUACACAAAUAUAUAUUUUACCUGACUGUAUCACAAAGCUGCUCCAACUGCAACAUUAAAAUGAUCAGGGGUUAUUUCAUGGACUCACAUAAUUGUAUGCGCUUUUUAAAGCAACUUCAUAUAAUGCUUCAAUCUUCUGGUAAGUGACAAAAGGUUAUAAAAAAAAUCAACAUUGGUGCUGUCUAAGACAAUAGUUUGUGUUUUAAAAUAGCUCUUUCAAGCUGAACAUGGCUGUGUUUUGACAUACAGUACAAUGUGCAGGACAGGAUAAAUUCAUGGGAUUAGUGCAAAAUAUUGAAAUUUAUGAAAAUAGGAAAAGCUGUCACAAGGAAUAGCACAUGGAAACCAGUACUCUAGCUAAUUUUGAGAGAACUGCAAAAACUACAACAGCAGAAACUUAAAGCAAUUUCCACUGCGUUCUCUCUCACUCUUCUGCUCUUUUCUCAACUCCUCUAGUUUUCUUUGUCUCUCUUUCUCUCUGUCCCACUUACUGUUUUUGUUUGCUGGUAAACGGAAGAUGCAGAUGUAGUCAAAAUAGUUGAACCAGAGCCAAAACAUGAAGAAAUGCAGUGUUUGCAUAAUAGUGUUUGUAAUUACACAAGAAUGAUAGGAAAGUCAUGGGACAUAACACAACACACAUUUCAAGGUGACACACAUUAUAGGCAUUCUAAUAAUUAUGAAUCACCUGUCAGAUUUGUGCUUUUAGGAUUGACACACUGUUUGCUGGCACACCUGGCAUCAGUUGCUCAGGUUUCCUGCCACACGUACCUGCUCUUACGAAUACAAGGACCAACAAAAACUGUCAUCCGACAGCAACUUCAUGGAGGACAAACAAAAUAUUUCUAUAUAAGGAGCUAAAAAGCAACAGCAGUAUUGUGUUGUCAUGAUUUCACAAUCUCCUGUUGUAAACUAAACUAAGGAGAAAACGUAUCUGCUGGAGGCAAUUAUCACUACAAAGUGCUUACAAAACAUUUGCUGGUUUACAGCACAUGUGUUUGACAUUUAUGUAUUCUUUGCGUUGGGUCACAUGAGAUAUAAAUACACUCCGGAAGGUUCUGCACCGGGGACUAAAAACAACACGAUAUGAAUAAUAGAAUGCUGAUAUGCCAGAGUGGAAUGUCAUGUGUUAAGUAUUUCUAUAAAGUUAUGUUGAAAGAGCCCACGGGAGGGUUUUUCCCCUUCAUUGAAACUGAAACAAAAAUCCAAACUGAAAGCAUUACUUAGAGCAAUCCCAAAAACUCUAAUUGACACUAUACCUUGUGGAAGUUUCUGCAGUGGAAUUUCUACACUGAUAAAACCGAAUGUUUCUUCUCUGGUAUUUACAGAAUUGCACACACUGACUGAAGGGGCGUAUGAUUUCAAUCUUUUGGGCAUCACAUGCUCAGUGUUUCUGAGGUAUAGGUUAUCUCUUCUCAACAAUAUGCCCAUCUCAGACACAGACCGAUCUAGCUGUUAGCUAUGAAGGUUGUGAUAAACAAAAACGUGUGAUCUCCGUAACGCGUUAUUUGUGAUAGUACUUUCUGUGUAUGUUUCCCCUCUUAGGGGCUUAUUAUCCACAUCUGCCUCAUGAGCCGCACCGACCGGUGGUGGUUUCCAGCCUUACAGACCAAUCAUGAGUAAAAGUCAAAGAAAGAAAUAUCCUUUUUUUCUGAGUUACUUUGACUUAUUUAGCUUUAACUCUUGGUGUAAAACUUCUUCAGGUUUAGAGUGACUCACUGUACUGACCAUCCCAUAAAGUCCAAUAAUGUGAGAGGGUGAGACGUAGAGGCAGACUUGAUGACUCUCUUGUUUUUCUUCAAUAGAUUGGGUAUGCAUUCCUGAGGUAAAAAUUGAAGUCGUAUUAGUUAUAAUUUAUAAUAGCACAAAAUCAGCAGGACUAUUUUAAAAAAAAUGUCUAAGCCAAUAUUGUUCGUAUGUCUUAGAUUGUUGUUCAAGUUCAUUUUCUGACUCUAGAUUCAUUUUGAGUUAAAUUGUAAAAUUCCAUUUAUCAUUUAUCCAAAUAUCAAAAUAAAUGGUAAGUCCGGGGUCAAAUAUUUGCCUUGUACAAACAGAUACAUUGAAUAUAUUGUGUUUACAGUUGGGCAUACUUACUAUAUUUAAUCAGUUACUCAAUGCUUGUCUUUUUCCAAAUCUCACAUUCAUCAUCCAGUGUGCUUUCAAAGCUAACAUGGAACUUCACUGUGUCAGGGAGUGCCCUGAAAAGCAGACUGUGGAAACAUUCCUUAAAUUCUAUUUUAUACAAUUAGCCAGUUAAAUUGAAAGGAACGAUGACAAAAACUAUUUCUAACUGACCUUAUUAAAGUUCAAAUAUCACAAGAUGAAUGUUCAAACUUUUUCUUUUGUGAGUAUUUAUAUUUAUAAUACCCUUCCCCCUAUAGCAAGCAGUCAGUUGAG